CUAUUUACCUAGGGAAUAUCUCUUCAAAAUCCCCUCAAGCCUACUGCCCGCACUUCCCCAGGAAUCCGACCCAGAUGGCUCCGAAAGCACAGAGACAGCCUUUACAAAAGGCGACCUUGGGGAAAAAAGCUCAGGUUAAUGCAAAAGAUACACGCGAAACAUUGGAUGAAGGUGUCCUUGCUAGAAUCUAUAAAUGUCUAAGAAAAGCUCGCCAUGAGACUACUACGGAGUUGGAAGCUAAAGCUGCCCUUUUCCUCGCGCAGAAGCUAAUGGCCCAGUACAAUGUCUCCCAAGCCGAUCUACUAGCCAAUAGUGAUGAUGAAAACAAAGCACAAUAUGCAGGGAGGAGCGUGGUGCUGAUCACCAACGUUAAGGACCGUACAGCACGAGUCGUCAAGGAGACUUUCGUGGGCAAGUUGGCACGUGCUAUGUGUACGUUUUUUGACUGUCAAUACUUUUCAAUAAAUUACAAAACAAGUAUUGCUUUUUCCUUUUUUGGUAUCGCGGAAAAUACCGUCACGGCAGCAGAAGCCUUUGAGAUGGCGCACAACAAGAUCCUGGACUGGGCAUGCUCAUAUAAGGGUGGUUCGGCCACGUUCAGCUACCGCAUUGGGGUCGCUGAUGGGCUCGUUGCCAUGGCCAACCGGGAGAAAAGGAUUGAACUCGAGAUGACAAGGAAGAAAGAGCUAGAUAUGAUUGCCGCCAAAGAACGGGAAGAGGCCAUGGAACGUGAGCGUGAACUUCAAAGGCUCCGUGACCUACCUUCGUCGACGGUAGACUAUACUGAAUCAGAGGACGAGUCACAGGAUGAAGGACUUGGCUUCCCAGACAUGAACGGCAUGCCUAAUGAGUCCUUCAAUCCUCUAGAUUCAUUCGAUCAUCGCGACAUGAAUAGCAAAGAGGGGAUGGCAGACUUUGACGAAAAUGACGAGAAUGUUAUCGAUCUCACAGGGGAUGUGGAUGACAACAUCAACAAAAUUAUUAAAAGAGAGCCUAACGAAACUGGUGUCUCUAAUAGUAUCCCAAUGACUUCGGUAAAGCAGGAACCAUUGAACGAGAACCAUCCGUCUGUUAAGGACGAGGUCACAUCGAGCUCUCCUUGGGCGUCCGAGACACAGUUAGUACGGUUUCGCGCCACAUCAGUGCAAGUUGCGGACGAUUACCUCAAGAAGCGCAACAUCAAGUUGCGUAAUGCGAAGGCACGUCGCGUACUCCCCCGAGACCCCUCUGCCUAUCGAGAGGGAUGGAAAGACAGUCAAAAGAUUGACUUUCGUCAGCGAAGGUUGGAAUGAGCGAAACAAACACUUAAUCUGCCGCUCAGUACAUGCCGCAAAGCUGUCCAUUCUAUUAAGCUUUCGAUCAAUUUAUUCCUUGUCCAGACCCUCAUUUCUAGUUGUAUGCCCUCUCUGCAUCCUUUGUGGCGCUAAGUGUUUGAAAUAGUCCUUGCAAUGGCCUUUUAAUAAGCCACUGAGAACUAACAAGACCACGUAUGUUCCCAGGGGUUGUGUCCUACUUAUCGUAGAAUGAGCGGCUAUAAACAUAAGACCAUCGAACAAUCAUGAGCAUCCAGUAGGAUAACGAUAGCCAGUUUGGAUAACCUGCUGAUGAUACCCGUCUGAAAUUUGUCGUGGCCAUCAGCUAAAGUUAUCCUAACUAAGAUAGGGAACUGGUCACUAUGUGCUUGGAUGAGGUCCUGGUGUAGCAUGGUUCUUAACAAUAUGGAAUCCCUGCCUUGUCUAAUGGAACAACAAGAAGACUAUGCUACGAGAUUAACAUUUUUCAAAGCUUUAUCUAAUCUGUAUGUGACUUGAUAAGUGGCUUAAACAGGAACGUAAUAUGUAAUCAAUCAUAUAAUAGCUGAUGCUGAUCAUACUGUAUGAGUACACUGGUGAUGGUAUUGUGUUGUUGAG